UUUAAGGUGUUUGGUUCUUUCAUCAAAAUAAAGUGAGGUGCUUUUUUUUUAAUGCAGCCAGCAGUUAAGAUCUGCAGUGCACUGCCUGAACAAGUGGCGUUGGAAGAGCAAAAUACGGUUCUCAAAGUGAAUUGUAUAAAUACUUUAAGGAAAAGGAUCGUAUGGCUAUGGUGAAGAGGUGGAGCAAUGCGUGGUGUCAUUGCAUACAUAAGUUCAUCAAGUUCCAGUUGUAGUCCUGUCUCUUAUCACAGUGACAGUUCAGAGAACAGUUUCCAGUCAGUCUCGUCUUCUGUUCCAUCAUCACCCAGCAGUCUUGUAUCUGAUAACCACAUUAACUCCAGUGACAUGCUUGCUAAUAACUGUACAUUGAAACUAGGAAGUUCCAGUAACAUCCAGCUUGCGUGCUCAGUUAAUGGGGAUGGACCGAACACAAGUCCUUUGAGCAAAUGUACCAGUGGCAUUACCAAAAUUAACGGAAUGGUCCUUCUAUGUAAAGUCUGUGGAGAUGUGGCAUCUGGAUUCCAUUAUGGUGUGCAUGCGUGUGAAGGUUGCAAGGGAUUUUUCCGAAGGAGCAUUCAGCAGAAUAUCCAAUAUAAGAAAUGCCUGAAAAAUGAAAACUGUUCCAUAAUGAGGAUGAAUAGGAACCGGUGUCAGCAAUGUCGCUUUAAGAAGUGUUUGGCUGUAGGCAUGUCCCGAGAUGCUGUCCGAUUUGGACGCAUUCCCAAACGUGAGAAACAGAGAAUGUUGAUUGAAAUGCAAAGUGCAAUGAAGAAGAUGAUGAAUAAUCAGUUGAAUGGCUACGCACAGACUGAAGCAUCACAAGAUGAGAUCACUUCUCCACAACUGCAGCAUGAACAACUUCAAAACAUUGAAGAUGAUGUAAUUGGUACAGUGACCAAAGCCCAUAAGGAAACAUUCCACUGUACACAAGACAAACCAGGCAAAAUGCUGGAAGCUGUGAAGCUCCAGAACAGAAAGAGUCUUCAGAAGAACAGUGAUGAUAAUUGGAUAAUUGGUCACUCUACAAAUAGCGUUAAUAGAAUCCACUGUUUUCUCAAUGCAAACCAGCACAAAUUCUCUAACACAAAUAAGAGUAAUAACCAUGUAUUUUGCCCAAAUGAUGUCUCAGAUAGAUUCAUAAGUAGGCAUUAUCAUACUGUUUCGAAUGAAUAUACCCAAAACGCAAUUGCAGAAGAUGGAUUUUCUCAAAGCAGUGCCAUGUUUGAUCAUUCUUGUACCACGGAAAGGAGAAUGCAUCUGGUGUGCCCGAUGAGUAUGUCUCCCUAUGUAAACCCCGAUAAAUCAGAACAGGAAAUUUGGGAAGAAUUCUCCAUGAGCUUUACACCUGCAGUUAGAGAAGUGGUAGAAUUUGCAAAACGUAUUCCAGGAUUCAAAGAUCUAUCACAACAUGACCAAGUUAGCUUGCUUAAAGCUGGAACAUUUGAGGUAUUGAUGGUACGCUUUGCUGCUUUAUUUGAUGUACAUGAGCGCACAGUCACAUUUCUUAGUGGAAAGAGUUAUGGCAUGGAAGAGUUGCAGUUACUGGGGGCAGGUGAUUUGUUGAUCUCCAUGUUUGAAUUUAGCGAGAAGCUUGGUGCCCUGCAGCUCAGUGAAGAGGAAAUGAGCCUGUUCACAGCUGUUGUCCUGGUUUCUGCUGAUCGUUCAGGAAUAGAAAAUGUUAACUCAGUGGAGCAAUUGCAAGAAACUCUAAUUCGAGCGCUCAGAACCUUAAUUAUGAAAAAUCAUCCAAAUGAAUCCUCCAUCUUUACAAAGCUCCUACUGAAAUUACCUGACCUGCGUUCUCUUAACAAUAUGCAUUCAGAAGAAUUGUUGGCCUUUAAAAUAUAUCCUUAAACUUAUGAAUUAGUUCUCCACCCUUUGUUUCUAUUCUGUAUAUUUUGUGAAUGAGUAUGCAUAUUUAUAUAUAGUGCGUUUUUCUCCAGCAUUAUUUUUGAGCUACAAAGGGAGUAAUUAAUCAAAUAUUGAAAAUUACAAGUAUACAGAAGAUAUUAAUUAAAAUAUAUUUUGAGAUUUUAACUUGUAUGUAACUUGAGACUAUCGAAUAUGUAUAAAUAGGACUCUCUGUUUAUAUUUCAUCCUUAAAGAUGACUUGGAUAAUUAUGGCUUCACAUUAAAAUUAAAAUCUUAUGGAUUUAUAAAGAAUAGUGCUUUAAUGUUGCAAGUCCCCAUUCUGUAUUGCUGUCUCAUUAUUAGUGGGAUGGACAAUAGAGCAUAACUUAAUAAAGCUGGAUUGUAUCCAUAACUAAUUCUUUCCCAGUUAAGAAAAACAGUUUUGUAACAGCCUGACAGUAACUUGUGGAGUCUGUGAUUAGCGCCCAGUUCUCUUCCUGAUCCUUUUUUCUUCCUGAUCCUUUUUUCUUCAAAUCACCAAAUUUGAAGCAGUUGAGUAACAUAUUGCAACCAGCAUGUCUAUAAGUCUUGUCUUUAUUAGCUGUGUUUGCAGUAUCCACUGAUUGAUGGAUUGUUAAUCUACAUAUAAUGAAAUCGUUAUUAUUAUUCAAGUAACAUUUUAAAGUUUGGUAUUGUCCUCCUGGAUUGACUACUGUAAAAUGUGCUUUUUAAUUUGUAUUAUUUUUGGAUGUGGAUCAAUGCAGUAAAGUAAUGGUUUCCGAUGCA